GCCUCAAAUUGAUCAUUGUGAGCGGCACCACGGAAAAGGAUCGAGGAAUAGGGGUUAGACCGUUUUCGUGCUAAGAUCCGACAAUGGUAUCAGAGCCAAAUUAGGGUACGCACGUUCUAAUCCUUGAGCCAUUAUCGAUCUGGAGAUUGGAAAGCCUUACAGUUUACGGGAAUCCGCUGCGAACUCUGCCCAAAACCAAUCUGGAGGAGAGGAACGUACCUGACCAAGCACGCUCCAGAUCAAUCCAAAAGAAAAGUCGUUGCUGCUCCUGGAAACAAAAUUCGAUCUUUUCCCCAACUCCACGCACAGGACCACGAUCUACCAUACCCAGCGCCACCCGCCGCCGCCCGCCUACCGCCGCCAACUCUGCACCGUCUUGCCCGGCCCCGUGGUCUACCUCGACCGCCGCCUCGUCAAGGACGCUCGCCGUCGUCGCCUCGGUCUGCAUCACUUCGCCCCGCCCCGGUGCGCCACCUCGCUGACCUUCCGAUCUCGCUGGGAACGCCACCUCCUCAAGCUCGUCGUCGUCGAGUUGUCUGCAUCGUCCAAUAUCUACCAACACCAACCUGUACGUUGCUCUGCUCCUCUCCAUCGGUAGUGCACGGAAGUUGUUCGACAGAACGCCCACAAGGAAGAAGUGCAUCAAACUUUUUGUAAGCACCUCUGUCCUCAAUGGCCUCCAAUGCUGUGUUUGCUGAGCUCAUGCGUGCGUACAAGCUGGAUGGAAAUAACUUCACCGUUUGGAGGAGGAAGUUGUUGUAUUUGCUUACUUCUGAGAACAUUGACUAUAUUGUUGAGAUGGCUGAACCAAACCAUCCAGCUGAGGAUGCUACAGAUGAGGAGAAGCAGGAAUAUGAGGAUGAACUGAAGCAAUACAAGAAGGAUAACAAGACUGCCAGAGUUUUCAUGCUUGGUUCAAUGGCAGAUUCUUUGGCUGCAGAGUAUGAGUCUGAAGAUACAGCUUAUGGCAUUAUGCAGAGGUUGGAACAAGAUUUUGGGGAAGUUUCUCUGAUGAAAGUGUUGGGCCUAGUGAACAUGUUCAUAAACUCAAAGAUGGGUGAUAAAUCUGUCAAUGAACACUUGAACAAGCUCGUUGUCUUGGCUGAAGAACUAAAAUCUGCUGGCUAUCCGUUUCAGGAGGAAGUCCAAGUAAUGGUGGUCCUUAACUCUUUGCCACCAUCAUGGGAACAAUUUAAAAUUUCCUUUUGCCAUUCUGAGCGUACAGUCAACAUGAGGAACUUAAGGCAGCACUUGUUGAUGGAGGAAGACAGAAAGAAGAACCAAGGGAAAGAAAGGGUCUCUCAUCAUGCGGAGCUACACCUUGGUGAGCAUAAAAGUAACAACAAUAAGAGGAACUGGAAUAAAAGGAAGUCAGAUCAUGAUUUGAGGGACAAAAUUAACAUCAAGCGUGAUCAGAGAUACCAAAGAGAUGAUAGAUACCAGAGAGAUGAUAGAAGCCAUAGAGAUGACAGAAGGGACAAGGGACAUCGCAACAAUUACAACAACUACAACUCUUACCAGAAGCUUGAUAAGAACAAUUAUAAGUGUCAUAAUUGUGGUGAAUCUGGACACUUCAGAUCUGAAUGCUCAAAGAGGAGGAAGCCAAAUGAUAAUCGGAACAAGACUGAUAAGGAGGGCAGCCGCAAGGGGAACCACUCCCCUGAAGGGCUUUACUGAUGCUGAUUGGCAAGGGGAUCUGGACGAACGGAGAUCUACUUCUGGUUAUGUAUUCAAGCUAGGAGGAGGUGCAAUAUCAUGGAGGAGCAAGAAGCAAGAUUCUGUAGCUGUUUCUUCGAUGGAGGCUGAGUACAUUGCUGCAUCAGAAGCUGUCAAGGAAGGCGUCUGGCUGAAGGAGUUUCUUGCCUCUCUCAAGGUGGUGACAAGUGCAUCAAAUCCUGUUACAAUUUUCUGUGAUAAUCAGGCGGCGAUCAAGGUUUCAAAAGAUCCCAAGUUUCAUAGUAAAACCAAACAUAUUGAGGGAAGGUAUCAUUUUAUUCGUGAUAUUAUCAAUAGAUUAAAGACAAUUCGUUUAGAGUAUUUGCCUAGUCUGGACAUGGUUGCCGAUCCACUGACUAAGCCACUUAGUCAGGAAAGUUUUUGUAAACAUGUGUCAAACAUGGGUCUUCGGUUAUGGUCUUAAAUGUUUUAGCCAAGUGGGAGAUGUAGGAAUUAUAAAGUGUGGCUUGCAACAUUUAUACUACAUUAUUUAUUCCCUGGAAUUUCUGUGAUGAAUAUUACCAUUGCAUUUGAAUAUC